UUUUUAAAUGGCACCAUUUUCAAAUCUUAAAGAAUCAAAUGACAGUUAAUAGGUUUUAUGUUUUUUUUUACUAAUGUGGGAUAAAAAAUGAUUAAUUUUGAAAAAAUAUGUCGUACUUGCUCAUCGGAGGGACAAUUAUUAUCACUUUUUAUCGAAGAACCAAUUCCAUUGGCCGAUAUGUUAAAUCAAAUUGUUGAUUUUAAGGUUAAUAAAAACGAUAAAUUUCCACAAAACAUUUGUACGUGUUGUUUGGGAAAACUAAAAUCCGCAUACUGCUUUGUACAACAAUGUCAAGAUGUUAACACCAAACUCAAAGAAUAUGUAGCUACCGACAUUAAAUUAGAAGAAAAUUACGAUGAAAUUAAAAUUGAAACUGAUUCGAUUGAGGUAUGUAGCGAAUUUGUAAAUACAGAUAAUAUUCGUAAAGAAGAAUCAAGUGAAAUGAAAUGUGAAUUGGUUGAGGAAUGUAACAAUAGAGAAUUCGAAUUAGAUGGCGGUAAAAACAUCAAGUUAGACAAAUCGGAUAAAAAUACAAAGAUUAAAAAACGUAGAAAACGGUCAAAAGCUCCUCAUAAAUUCGUUGAAUGUAAUAUAUGUUUAAAAUCCAUGCAUGAAUGUAAUCUUCCACGACAUUUACGAACACACAACGGUGAACGACCUUACGUUUGCUCAAUAUGCGAUAAAGGUUUCGUACAAAGAUUUUCAUUGGAUGUACACAUGCGGAAACACACCGGUGAAACACCAUAUAAGUGUAAUCAUUGUGAAAAAUCUUAUAAACAAAGUACACAUUUGUUAACACAUAUCAAAUGUAAACAUACCGCUGAAAUUCAGCCUUCUGCAAACGGAGAAUUUGAAUGUAAGAUAUGUAAUGAAAAAUUUUCUAAACAAAGUAUUUUAGUAUCACAUAAAAUGUUUCAUAAGAAAGGUACAACAAAGUUAUAUAAUACAAACAAGGAUAAAUUAUGUAAUUAUUGUGGAAAAGCAUUUUCUUUGAAUUAUCAAUUGCGAGAGCAUAUUUAUACUCAUACAGGAGAAAAACCGUAUAAAUGUGAAAAUUGUGAUAAAUCAUUUACGGCAUUAUCGUUGUUAUAUGGACAUCGGCAAAUACACGUUACGGAAAAACCGUAUAAAUGUAGGUUUUGUGAAAAAUCGUUUGCAAUUAAAUGUGGAUUAAAAAAUCAUGAAUUAACACAUACAGGCGAUAAACCGUUUAAAUGUGAAAUAUGUAAUCAAAGUUUUCGACAAGUAGCACAUUUAAAAUCGCACAGUUUUACACAUACGGGUGAAAAACAACAUAAAUGUAAAUAUUGUGAUAAAAGUUUUGCACUUAAAUAUAAUUUAACAGUACAUAUGCGAAUGCACACCGGAGAAACUCCAUACGUUUGUUCAAUAUGUAAUAAAGGAUUUUAUGAUUCAAGUAGCAUGAAACGACAUAAAAGAAAACAUUUAUUACCUGAAACUAAUGAAACUGAACAAGCAUCUAAUUUUAAAGUGGAAAAUUUAUCCAGUGAUGAUUCAAAUGAUGGAUGUGAAACUGAAGAUUUUCCAAAAUUUUUAGAAUAUGUAUCAGUUAAAGAUGAAAAUUCACCACCACAAACAGAUUUAAUAACUGAUGAUAAUUUACGAUCAAUCAAAUAUGAAAGCGAUAAUGAAAGCAUUGAAGUUGAUCUAUCAGCGACGAAAUCUGAUUCGGAAGUGAUUCGAACUAGUGAAAAAUCAAAUUUAGUAAAAGAAAAACGAGUUCAUAAUGGAGAAAAAUCAUAUUUAUGUGAAACUUGUGGUAAAACUUUUUAUCGAAAACAACAUUUAAUUAAACAUACACGUAUUCAUACCGGGGAAAAACCAUUUUCAUGUGAUAUUUGUAAGAAAACUUUCACGCAACAGUACAUUCUGGUUGAACAUAAACGUAUUCAUACCGGGGAAAAACUAUACUUGUGUGAUGUGUGUGAUAAAACAUUUACACAUCAGACAAGUUUAAUUCAACAUAAACGGAUUCACACCGGCGAAAAACGUUUUGCAUGUGAUGUUUGUGAGAAAACAUUUGCUAAUCAAUCGGGUUUAGUUCAGCAUAAACGUACACAUACCGGGGAUAAACCGUAUUCUUGCGAUAUUUGUGCUAAAACAUUUACACAACAAGGUUCUUUAGUUAAACAUAAACGAUCUCAUGCGAAAGAAAAACAAUUUCGUUGUGAUGCAUGUGAUAAAACAUUUAAUCAACAGAGAUGUUUAAAUAAACAUGCUCGAAUUCAUGCUGGAGAAAAACCAUUUUCAUGUGAAAUUUGUCAUAAAGCAUUUCCUACUAAUUAUAAUUUAGUUCGACAUAAACGUAUUCAUAAUGGAAAAAAAAACAUGAAAAUUGAAAUGAAUUUUGAAAAUAUAUGUCGUACAUGUUCUCUAGAAGGUGAUUUACAAUCGUUAUUUAAUGCAGACACCCUCUCAAUUUCCGAUAUGCUGACUGAAAUCGUUGACAUCAAAGUAAUGAAAAAUGAUAAAUAUCCGCAAAAUAUAUGCUCGUAUUGUUUGGAAAAAUUAAAAUCUGCAUACUUUUUCAAGAAACAAUGUCAAGAAGUCAACGAAAAAUUCGAAAAAUAUUUGAACGCGAAUGAAAAUUUAAUCGAUUCAGUUAAAGUGGAAAAUUUAUUUAAUGAUUCAAAUGAUGAUGAAUGGAAUGAUGAUGAAGAUGAGUUUAAAUUAAUCUUAGAAGAUGCAUCGAUCAAGGAUGAACGAUCCCCGAUAUUAUCACCAGCAUCAAACAGAAAAAAGCCACGUAAACGAAAAAUACGUAACAAAUAUAAAAAACGUAUUGAAACCAGUGAAAAUGGACAAUUUCAGUGUGAUAAGUGUAACAUAAAAUUUGAAACGAGUGAAAAUUUACACGCACAUAAAAUUACACACAAUGAAAAAUCAUAUUUAUGUAAUCAUUGUGGUAAAGAAUUAUCAAGUUUAAUUGGAUUAAAAGCGCAUAUUCGUACACACACCGGUGAAAAACCAUACAAGUGUAAUAUAUGUGAAAAAUCAUUUUCAAGCGAUUCCGUUCUUAUUGUUCAUACCCGGACCCAUUUAGGUGAACGACCGUAUAAAUGUACAAUCUGUGAAAAAUCAUUUUCACAGAUUGCAACAUUAAAUCGUCAUAAAUUAAUACAUACCGGUGAUAAACCGUAUAAAUGUGAUAUAUGCGAUCAAAGUUUUCGACAAAUACCCCAUUUAAAGUAUCAUAGUUUAACACAUAGCGGUGAAAAACCGUGUAAAUGUACGGUUUGUGAAAAGAAAUUUACGAAUAGUUCGGUUUUAACAAAACAUAUGCGUAUACAUACGGGUGAAAAACCGUAUAAGUGUACAACAUGCGAUAAAACAUUUAGACAUUUAACAUCACUGUACAAGCAUAAAUCGGUCCAUACGGAUGAAAGACCAUUUACAUGUAAUAUUUGUAAUAAAAGUUUCAAACAAAAGAAUCAUUUAAAAUAUCAUUGUCAAACACAUACGGGGGAAAAACCGUAUAAGUGUACAAUUUGUAGUAAACAAUUUUCAUUGAAUGGGACGUUAACGGUACAUAUGAGAAUUCAUACAGGUGUCGUUGGGAAUGGUGGAAAUAAUGGGAAUGAUACACAAAUGGAACAAACAUUGGAUUCAAAUCAAACAGUUUGAAAAUCCAUUUUCUGUUGAAAUUUUCAAAGCAGAAUACAGCAGCUGUAA